UGGGGGUGUGGAGGGAGGUACUCAGGACUAAGAGGAAGUGGCCAGAAGGGGAAGCAGCGGGCUGCAGAGAGGAGGCAGGUGGGUGGGGUGGAGGCUGUCGCUGGAACCCACCCAGAGAGGUGAGGGCCUGCAGUCUGUGUCUGGAGCCAAGAUGAAGGCCAAGGCAGGACCCCCAGAGGUGCUGAGACCUCUGCAGAAAGCAUCGGUGGCCUCUGCAUGGCCUUGCACCACGCCAUCGCAUAGCCCACAGGACAGGGACGCCAGCACGUUGCAGGUGCUGGCAGUGCUGGCCCUGCUGUGGCUCGGCGCUGCAACUCUCACCUACCUCCUGUGGCCAGCGUCCUCUCUGCCCACCUGGGGCCAGGUGCACCCCGAGGAAGGGCCCACCAGAUCCCGGGGCUGUGGCUCCCGCCCGCCCUGGGAGGCCCGGCGGCGGCGGCCAUGGGAGAAGGACUCAUGCCAGCUUGUCCUCGUGGAAAGCAUCCCCCAGGACCUGCCGUCUGCAGCCGGCAGCCCAGCAGCCCAGCCCCUGGCCCAGGCCUGGCUGCAGCUACUGGACGCUGCCCAGGAACGCGUCCAUGUGGCCUCCUACUACUGGUCCCUCACAGGGCCUGACAUCGGGGUCAACGACUCGUCUUCCCAGCUGGGAGAGGCCCUUCUGCAGAAGCUGCAGCAGCUGCUGGACAGAAACAUUUCCCUGGCUGUGGCCACCAGCAGCCCGACACUGGCCAAGAAUUCCACCGACCUGCAGGUCCUGGCAGCCCGAGGUGCCCAGGUGCGACACGUGCCCAUGUGGCAGCUCACCGGGGGCGUUCUGCACUCCAAGUUCUGGGUCGUGGAUGGGCGGCACGUCUACUUGGGCAGUGCCAACAUGGACUGGAGGUCACUGACACAGGUGAAGGAGCUCGGCACCAUCAUCUACAACUGCAGCCGCCUGGCCAGAGACCUGGAGAAGACCUUCCAGACCUACUGGGUGCUGGGGGCGCCGAAGGCCGUGCUCCCCAAAUCCUGGCCACGGAACUUCUCGUCCCACAUCAACCGCUUCCGGCCCCUCCGGGAGCACUUCGACGGGGUGCCCACCACCGCCUACUUCUCGGCAUCCCCGCCCUCCCUCUGCCCCCACGGCCGCACCCGGGACCUGGAUGCACUGCUGGCGGUGAUAGGGGCAGCCCGCGAGUUCAUCUACGCCUCGGUGAUGGAGUACUUCCCCACCACACGCUUCAGACACCCCGCCAGGUACUGGCCAGCGCUGGACACCGCGCUGCGGGCGGCAGCCUUCAACAGGGGCGUGCAAGUGCGCCUGCUGGUCAGCUGUUGGGUCAACACAGACCCCCACAUGUUCCCUUUCUUGCGGUCCCUGCAGGCCCUCAACAACCCGCAAGGUGUCUCAGUGGACGUGAAAGUCUUCAUCGUGCCCGUGAGGAACCACUCCAACAUCCCGUUCAGCAGGGUGAACCACAGCAAGUUCAUGGUCACGGAGAAGGCGGCCUACAUAGGCACCUCCAACUGGUCAGAAGAUUACUUCAGCAGCACCUCGGGCGUGGGCCUGGUGGUCAGCCAGAGGCCCUUGAGCACCCAGUGGGGGGUGAUCACCGUCCAGGAGCAGCUGCAGCGACUGUUUGAGAGAGACUGGAACUCCCCCUACGCCAUACGCCUGGAUGGACACGCCCAGGGCCAGAACUGUACGUGGCAGGGCUGAGGUCCAGCGCUUCCUGGCUCCGGGCCCCACAGCUCUUCGUGGACCCUGCUCCCCACCAGGCCUCCCUGUCUGUCCCCCAGCCUGGACUCCAAGCAGCUCCAUCCGCCCAAGCCCUGGUCAGGGUCAGGACUCCCAACGGCCGGUGGUGGCAAACUGUUUGCCCUCCCUCUGCUCUCCCAAUCCUGCCCCUCUUAAACCCCCACUUCCUCCAGGGAGCCCUCCAGGACGCCCCUCCCUGACUCCUGC